AGGGAGAGGGGGAAAAGGGGGCUGCUGAAGCCUUUCUGCUAGGAGACUUGGACUGAGAGAGAGAGAGAGAGAGAGAGAGAAAGAGAGAGGAGGGAAAGAAAGAAGGGAACCAAGGCGGAGGCGGAGGACUCCAUCCAUCCCAAACUCUGGCUGCGCUUUGCGGGGGAUCCUUUGGGCGCCCUGGGAGGAGCUGCUGCUGCUUCUUCCACAAACUGGGCAAGGGACACUGGACUUUCUAGGCUCUUCCUGGGAGGCUGCCCCUUUCCUUCCCCUUCUCUUCCAAGGCAGGGAUGUGUGGCUGAAGGACCCAAGACCUUUGCCUUCAGGAGGCGCAACCGACUGAGGGUUGUAACAGGAUUACGACAGAGCACGAACCUCAAAAUGAGGCACUAGUGAUGCAAAGGCAGUAUCCUCCAGGGCUCUACCUUGCGACACAUUUUCAAUCAUGGUUGUUCCAGGAUUAAAGGCUGUUCCACUGUCAUUGCCUGGCCUUUUUCUUCUCACGUUUCAUCUUUCUACAUCUCAGAACAUUCUUGACUACCCAGAUGAUGAGCAGCAGUGUUCAAGAAGAGAGCAUCCUGUGAUUUCAUUUGAAGAUCUGAAGCCCUGGGUUUCAAAUUUCACCUACUCAGGUGUACGGGACUUCUCCCAGCUUGCUCUGGAUGCGAAUAGGAAUCAACUCAUUGUUGGAGCCAGGAACUACCUCUUCAGAUUAAGUCUACUCAACGUUUCUCUUAUUCAGGCAACAGAAUGGGGCUCAGAUGAAGACACCAGGAGAUCCUGUCAGAGCAAAGGAAAAACUGAGGAAGAAUGCCAGAACUACAUUCGUGUUCUGAUUGUUUAUGGAAAGAAAAUUUUCACUUGUGGCACCAAUGCAUUUUCACCAGUGUGUUCCAGCAGACAGGUAAAUUAAUCUAGCAAAAUAAUUGAGAAAAUAAAGGGGGUAGCACGUUGCCCUUAUGAUCCUCGGCAUAACUCGACAGCAUGAUCACAUCACAAAGAACUCUAUUCGCCAACUGUCAUUGAUUUCUCAGGACGGGAUCCUAUUUACCGCAGCCUUGGAAUGUCCCACCUCUAAGAACAGCCAGCAGUAAACUCCAAGUGGCUUAAUGAGCCCAACUUCAUUGCUGCCUAUGACAUCGGUUUGUUCACUUACUUCUUCUUCCGUGAGAAUGCUGUAGAGCAUGACUGUGGGAAAACUGUCUAUUCUCGUGUGGCAAGGGUUUGCAAAAAUGACAUUGGAGGGAGAUUUCUGUUGGAGGACACAUGGACAACCUUCAUGAAGGCUCGGCUGAACUGCUCUCGGUCUGGAGAAAUCCCUUUUUACUACAAUGAACUGCAAAGCACUUUUUAUCUACCUGAACAAGAUUUGAUCUAUGGAGUCUUCACUACCAAUGUAAACAGUAUUGCUGCUUCAGCAGUGUGUGCCUUCAAUCUGAGUGCUAUUACACAAUCUUUUAAUGGGCCUUUCCGAUACCAAGAAAAUCCAAGAUCUGCAUGGCUACCAACAAUCAACCCUAUCUCUAAUUUUCAGUGUGGAGUACUGAAUGAUGACAGCCCCAAUGAAAACCUGACAGAGAGGAUCUUGCAGGACGCCCAGCGCUUAUUCCUGAUGAAUGAUGUGGUUCAACCAGUCUCCGUGGAUCCAUACGUCACUCAAGACAACAUUCGUUUUUCUAAGCUGGUGGUUGACAUUGUCCAGGGCAAGGACACUCUUUAUCAUGUGAUGUAUAUUGGGACUGAACACGGCACCAUUUUGAAGGCACUUUCUACCACUAAUAAGAGCCUGAGGAGUUGUUAUUUAGAGGAAAUGCAAAUUCUUCCCGCCAGCCAAAAGGAGCCAAUCCAGAGCCUCCAAAUAUUGCAUAGUGACAGAUCACUGUUUGUGGGUUUGAAUAAUGGAGUGCUAAAAAUUCCUCUGGAGAGAUGCUCGAUGUACAGAACAGAAGGUGACUGCCUGGGAGCAAGGGACCCUUAUUGUGGCUGGGAUAAGAAGCAGAAGAGAUGCACAACCAUUGAGGACAGCUCCAAUAUGAGCCUGUGGACUCAGAAUAUUACAGAGUGCCCUGUGAAAAAUCUGAUGGUUGAUGGGCGGUUGGGGGCCUGGUCCCCAUGGCAACCUUGUGAGCAUUCAGACGGAGAUAGCACAGGCUCUUGCAUGUGCAGAUCACGGACGUGUAACAACCCUCAGCCUCAGUGUGGUGGACGUGACUGUGAAGGAGCCAGGAUAGAGAUUGCAAAUUGCUCAAGGAAUGGAGCUUGGACACCAUGGUCGUCCUGGGCCCCCUGCAGCACUUCCUGUGGGAUUGGCUUUCAGGUCCGUCAGAGGUCGUGUAGCAACCCUGCUCCGCGAUACGGAGGCAGGGUCUGUGUCGGACAAAGCAGAGAGGAGCGGUUCUGCAAUGAGAACAGUCCAUGCCCUUUACCAAUCUUCUGGUCUUCAUGGGGCCCUUGGAAUAAAUGCAGUGCAAACUGUGGUGGAGGAGUGCACUCGAGGCAGAGGUCCUGUGAAAAUGGAAACACCUGCCCAGGAUGUGCUGUGGAGUAUAAAACAUGCAACCCAGAGGGCUGCCCAGAAGUGAGGAGAAACACACCAUGGACACCAUGGAUGCCCACAAAUAUCACCCAGAGUGGUGCUCGCCAGGAGCAACGCUUCCGCUACACCUGCCGUGCUCAGCUGGCUGACCCUCAUGACCUCCAGUUUGGUAGAAAGAAGACAGAGAGUCGAUUCUGCCCCAAUGAUGGUUCAGCAGUUUGCGACACUGAUUCUCUUGUGGAUGACCUUCUGAAAAGUGGAAAGACCUCUAUUCGAAUAAUCAAUGGUGGAUGGUCCUUUUGGGGAAGCUGGUCAUCUUGUUCCCGAGAUUGUGAACUGGGUUUCAGAACCAGGAAGCGAACAUGUACCAAUCCAGAACCCAAAAACGGUGGCCUACCUUGUAUAGGAUCUGCAAUGGAAUAUCAAGAUUGCAAUCCACAUCCCUGUCCAGUGAAAGGCUCAUGGUCUUGCUGGACUCCUUGGUCUCAGUGCUCAGCAACAUGUGGAGGUGGACACUACCAGCGCACUCGGACGUGCACCAACCCAGCACCAUCAAAUGGAGAGGAUAUCUGCAUUGGCCUGCACACAGAGGAAGCACUGUGCAAUACACACUUGUGUGAAGGUGGCUGGUCUGAAUGGUCUGAGUGGAGCCUAUGUAAUGAAGAUGGGAUCCAGUAUCGAAGUCGUUACUGUGAAAUCCAUAGUCCUGGAUCUUCCCAGUGUGCUGGGAACAGUACACAGUACCAAGAUUGCUUAUACAAUGAGAUUCCUGUAAUCCUGCCAGCCUCGAGCAUUGACGAAAGCACGAACUGUGGAGGUUUUAGCCUCAUCCACCUGAUUGCCACAGGGGUCUCCUGUUUCUUUGGCUCUAGCCUCUUAACUUUUGUGAUCUACGUUUACUGCCAGCGCUGCCAGAGGCAAUCUCAGGAGUCUACUGUUAUCCAUCCUACUACUCCCAACCACCUCCAUUACAAAGGCAACACAACACCCAAGAAUGAGAAAUACACACCUAUGGAAUUUAAGACACUUAACAAGAACAAUUUAAUACCAGAUGACAGGACCAACUUCUAUCCUUUGCAGCAAACGAAUGUGUACACAACAACCUAUUAUCCCAGUACGCUGAAUAAAUAUGACUACAGGCCUGAGGCCUCCCCUGGAAGGACCUUUACUAACAGCUGAUGAUGGACUGAUCUCUCAAAAACUGGAUUACUUCCAAUAUGAUUUUUAUUUUUUAAAUUGAGUUUAUGGACCAAAUAUUGGCCCUAUCUCUAGAUGUAAAUAUUAUACAAUGGGCCUUUUAUUUUCUCUUUAUCAGUGGUCUUACAUUCAAGUAGCACAUUUCCUUAAGUGGACCCAAUGCUUAUGGAAAAUGGAUUAUCUUGUCUAGGAUUUUUGAGAGGACCUCAGCUUGAAAUGGCACUUACUGCUAUGGAUAUUUAAAGCUGGAGCGGCUCCUUUUUGUCUGAUGCCAAGAUAGUUCAGGAAUUGACCAUAAUGUGCUAAACUUGUGUGGAGUGGUAUGUGACUACCCAGUACUUUUUCAGAAACUCAGUGGACAUGGAAGAGAAAUGCCGGUAAUGCAUUCAGGCACAUCUUUCACAUACCUACAAGUUAUGGUAGCAUGAAUGACAUCCCCAAAACAAGCCUUAUGGACCACCAUGCUAAAGCUUUUGGUUUCUAAGCUUCGGGGCUGAUCAGUGUUGUCUGCAUUUCCUGUGAUAUGGAGAAAUAUAUGCAAUCUGCAACUUUCAAUGGAUAAAGUCCUGCGAGAUUUACAAAAUAAAAGAUGAGGUACUUCACAUAAAAGAAGCAUUGUGACACAUUUCCAGCCAGGAUUAAGACAUUAAAUUUGGGUACAUGAAACAUGGGCUCUGGAUACAUCCAAGUUGGUGUAGCCCACUGGAGAAUAUGUGGAAUGGAACAAGAGCCAUGGAAUAUCCUUUUAGGAAGGAACAAUUUUCUUCUGACUUUGAUUCCAGUAGCCUCUUAAGAAACUGUUAGAUUGAUGACCUUCUGUUGUUGUUAAAAUCACCAAGCUUUAUGCGAAUUGCUGGUUUAUUUUUUAUAGUUUUUUAAAUUCACUUGAACAAAGAAAAGUUUGGUGUCUCUAAAGAAUGUCUUCAUAGAAUAGUCUAAUUCAGAAAGCCUGCUGCAGAUUCCCUUAGCGUCUUCCAGCCAGUAGUACUCUUUGAAAAUGCAGUGUCCAUCAUUAAUUGCCAGUGUCUUUCAGUAUCUGAGCAAGAAACCCCCCCCCCCCCACAAAUCUGCUACACUCAACAUAAACUGUGAUCUGUAGCAUUCCCAAACAAUCCAGUCCUGCUUUGAAAUGUUAUUCUGUGUCUGUGUGUGACUGUGUUAGGCCAAUGCAGAAGCCAUGAUGUCAAUUGUCUGACUUAAAUGUCUAGCAGGAAGCCCACCCUUGCUUUCCUUGCUUUCAUGGACACUUCCAUCCCAUGUGAGUUUGCCACAGUUGGUUAACGUUCUUUGUGUAUCAUCUAUCUAUCUAUCUAUCUAUCUAUCUAUCUAUCUAUCUAUCUAUCUAUCUAUCUGAAUGUCUCUUUUUAAUGAACUCCUGGUGCUAA